AUGGAAGAGGUGGCAGCGAGGGAGAGGAAGAGGAAAACCCCGCUGGCAGCGCAGGUAGCCUCCGGCUGGCUGGUGGUUCUGUGGUCGGCACGGCAGAGCCGACGGCUCGGCAUCCGCUGGAACGAGGCUCGCAAGCUGAAUCACCAAGAAGUGGUGGAGGAAGAUAAAAGACUUAAAUUGCCACCAAACUGGGAAGCCAAAAAAGCUCGGCUGGAGUGGGAGCUGAAGGUGGAGGAAAAAAAGAAGGAAUGCGCAGCAAGGGGAGAAGACUACGAGCGAGUUAAACUGCUAGAGAUCAGCGCCGAGGACGCUGAGAGAUGGGAAAGGAAAAAAAAGAGGAAAAAUCCAGAUCUGGGAUUUUCAGAUUAUGCAGCUGCUCAGCUGCGCCAGUACCAGCGGUUAACCCGGCAGAUCAAACCCGACCUGGAGCAGUACGAGAAGCUGAAAGAGCAGUAUGGCGAAGCGCUUUAUCCCACAUCCGACAGUCUUCUCCACGGGACUCACGUGCCGUCAAAGGAAGGGGUCGAUAGGAUGGUUGCCGAUCUUGAAAAACAAAUUGAGAAGCGUGAAAAAUACAGUCGAAGGCGUCCUUACAAUGAUGAUGCUGACAUCGACUACAUCAACGAGAGAAACGCCAAGUUCAACAAGAAGGCGGAGAGGUUCUAUGGGAAGUACACAGCCGAGAUCAAACAGAACUUGGAGAGAGGAACAGCUGUCUGAACCAACGCCUCCAGCUCAGCACACAUGGCAGCCCUGCUACACCUGGUAAAGCCUGGUAUAGAGUGUAAGUUGUAUCAGAAAAAUACUCUGUAGACCUGAUUGAGUUGUAAAAUCAAAAGUGUAUUUAGUAUAAUAGAGGUAAUUUGUGUAAUGACUUCAGCUGUAGAUAGCCUUUACUGGCAGAUGUCACCAGCUGGUGCAAUUUUAUGUUCUAAAUAAACACAUUUGUCACUCA